CUCAAAUCUAAUAAAUGUUCUUCAUUUCUUCUUUUAUCAAUCCUUCCAUUCACAACAUAAUCUAACGAAUUUCCAGAAAAUAUGAGAGAGAUUGUAAGCAUACACAUCGGCCAAGCCGGAAUUCAGGUCGGCAAUUCCUGCUGGGAGCUUUAUUGCCUCGAACACGAGAUUCAACCCGAUGGCUUCAUGACCAGCGGCGAGUCGCAGCAUAGCACAGGCGACGAUUCGUUCAACACGUUCUUCAGCGAAACAAGUUCUGGAAAAAACGUUCCGAGAGCUGUAUUUGUGGAUCUGGAACCGACUGUGAUUGAUGAAAUCCGCUCCGGUAGCUACCGGCAACUCUUCCACCCUGAACAACUUAUUACCGGCAAGGAGGACGCCGCUAAUAAUUUCGCCAGAGGACAUUAUACAGUGGGAAAAGAACUUGUUGAUCUAUGUCUCGAUCGAGUUCGAAAGUUAGCAGACAACUGCACCGGUCUGCAAGGAUUUAUGGUUUUCAAUGCGGUAGGUGGUGGGACUGGUUCAGGUUUGGGGUCAUUACUUCUAGAACGUCUAUCCGUUGAAUACGGCAAAAAGCCCAAACUCGGUUUCUCAAUCUUUCCAUCUCCCCAAGUUUCAACUGCAGUUGUCGAGCCUUUUAACAGUGUGUUAUCAACUCACUCACUACUCGAACACACAGACGUUGUUGCAUUACUUGACAAUGAAGCAAUAUAUGAUAUUUGUAGGCGAGCAUUGGACAUCGAAAGGCCAUCUUACACGAAUUUAAAUCGUUUGAUUUCUCAAAUAAUUUCAUCAUUGACUACUUCAUUAAGGUUCGAUGGUGCAAUUAAUGUUGAUAUUACAGAGUUUCAAACGAAUCUGGUUCCGUAUCCUAGGAUACAUUUUAUGCUUUCUUCAUAUGCACCCGUGAUCUCAACUGUCAGAGCCCACCAUGAGCAUAACACAGUGUCUGAGAUCACGACUGCGGUGUUUGAGCCGUCGAAUAUGAUGGCUAAAUGUGACCCAAGACAUGGGAAAUAUAUGGCAUGUUGUUUGAUGUAUCGUGGUGAAGUGGUCCCGAAAGAUGUUAACACUGCUGUGGGGUCCAUUAAGAACAAACGUACUGUUCAGUUUGUAGACUGGUGCCCAACGGGUUUCAAGUGUGGAAUCAACUACCAGGCACCGACAGUGGUUCCUGGCGGUGAUCUUGCAAAGACAAGGCGGGCAGUGGCCAUGAUAAGCAACAACACGGCAGUGGCUGAAGUGUUCAACCGGAUUGACCAUAAGUUUGACCUUAUGUUUGCAAAAAGAGCUUUUGUGCAUUGGUAUGUGGGUGAAGGCAUGGAAGAAGGUGAGUUUUCAGAAGCACGUGAGGAUCUUGCUGCUCUUGAGAAAGAUUAUGAAGAAGUUGGUCAAGAUGCGGAGGAGGAAGGAGGAGAGGAAGAAGAGGAGUAAUCAUCCCAUGUGGCCCCCACCUUUCAAAACUAUAUAUAUUUUAUUUGUUGAUUAAAUUUUAUAUUUUAGAGUUCAAAUAUGCACAAAAUAUAAAUCAAGUUCUAACAUUGUAUUCUUUUUUCCCAAGUGUAAUGUGG